CGCGCCUCAGUCACUAUGACCGAGACGACGAAGGACCUGGUAUUGUGGGUAUUGUGGGUGGAGGUGGAGACGCCGGCGAUGGAGGGGUGCCAAAGCUGUCAGUUGGCCCUAGUCCGGAUCCGUAUGUAGGAUGAAUCGCGCGGGCACAGGUGCAUGGUUCAAGGGAAUGCCUGCUGCGGCAGCUUUUUGUCUCGCAGCGGAUGAGACAGUGUUGCCACCCCAACUCAUCAAAGUUUCUCUGCCUCCUCUUGACGAAGAGGCUGCUGCUGCAGAUUCUGCAUUUGAUGGACUGCGCGCAUGUGAUGGAGCGACUCCACCGUAUGCGGAAGCACCGUAUGCCGAGGCACCAUACGCGGAGGGAGAGUACGUAGAAGGACCGUACGGGUUCGUUAGAGGGUAGACAUCGGAUUGUGCAUAAUGAGUCCC